AUGAGUGAAUACUGGGUCUCCAAAAAGAGGUACUUUUGCAAGUACUGUGAGAUAUACAUCGCAGACGAUGCCCCUUCUCGACAGCAGCACGAGAAUGGCCUUCGACACAAGGGAAAUGUCGAGCGUUUCAUCCGAGGAAUAUACAAGUCUGGAGAGAAGCAAAAGAAGGACUUAGAAGAGGAAAAGAGGGAGAUGGCAAGGGUGGAACGGGCUGCAAAUGCUGCUUUUGCACAGGAUGUCGGCGCGGGCAUCGCAAAACCUACGAGUGCGGCUCCUUCUACGUCCAAAGCUCCUUCGAAACCUCUCCCCAAACCCUCUAAUCCAUUCGCCAAUUACUCCACUGCAGAAUCCCUUGGAUACACUGACCCUGAUGCCGACAGAAUUGCCGCCGAACUGAAGCAACGUCAAUCACAGGGUGUCGCUGGCGAGUGGGAGAUCGUCACACCACCCACGCAAACUUCUACGUCUUCAACUCCGGGAGUAUUGACUGACGUCGGCGUCAAGCGAGCAGCUGAUGCCGCGCUGCCUGAUGAAGAGGACAGCCGCAGUUUUAAGUUGCGUAAAAAGACACUGACAGGCUUCGGCGAAAUCUAUGAUCCUGGGCUCAUACCUAUCAAGCUGAAAAAGAAGGAGGAAGAAUCCUGCACAACGCCACCGACCUCAACGCCCCAGAUUUCAGCUUCACCAGCGGCCCAUCCGACUCAAUUCCCAAAGUGGAAAACUCUCCAAUUGAAAGGAACAGCGGUCGGAGAACAGCAAAAUAAAGAGGCUGACGUUGAGACGCCGGACGUGAAACCCGACGUUGCCGUUGAACAUGUCCCUUUGUCUUCGACUUCUGCGCCAACACACCGCGCAUCGAAGUGGGUGAAGAGUCAAUGGAGUUCAGCUUCAGAACCCACAAAAAUGGAGGAUACUUCCCCACCAUUUUUGGGUGUCGAUGAAGCCAAAAGCGAAGACGUGGCCCCUUCAUAUGCUAAAAUUGAAGAGACUUUGCCCGACCUCUCCUCUUCAAAUUUGGAUGUCAGCUCUUCUGCAGGGAGCCUUUUUCGUAAACGCAAAGCGCCUGCGGGAGCUGGAAGGGGGCGGCGUCAGAUAUGA